AUGGAGUUACGGCUCCACAGCCCCGCCGGCGCUGAGCCGGCGGUCUACCCCUGGCCACUUUCCACCUCGGACAAGCAUGACGGUGCCAUUGAAAUUGUCGAGACGAUUCGAUGGGUCUGCGAGGACUUUCCAGAGCUCAAGGCUGCCAUGGAAAACCAUGUCCUCAAUGACUAUGACACCAAAAGCUAUGAGAGCAUGCGGACCCUUUGCGACAAGUACAACAGAGCAAUCGACAGUUUCUUGCAACCGUGA